AUGGUAUUUCGUAUUCCUGUAACAAUUCAUAGUAUACCAGAAAAAUUUCUUAUUGUAUGUGAAACUGGUCAUGAAACUAUACAAUGGCUAUGUGAAAAAGCUUAUAAAAUAUAUACUGAAAAAUAUCAUGAUAAAACAGUACCUUAUUAUUUUGUGGCUCGACGUUCAUAUGAUCGAUGUUUAUUAUCACUUGAUGAUCAUAUUGAACAUGUAUUAAAAGAUAAUGAAUCAAUAGAAAUUGAUAUAGCUAAACAAUUUGAUGAUGAUGAUUCACUUAGUACAGCAACAGAUGAAGAACGUCAUGUUGUUCUACUCGAUGGAUAUCAUUUAAAAUGCAGUGAUUUAGUUCGACUCGGUACUGGUGAUUAUCAAAUUGAAUUACCAGAUGAAACAUGGAAUUUAAUUCAUAAAGCACGAGAAAUUGUUGAUCAUAUUAUUACUAAUAAAAAAGUUGUUUAUGGUGUAAAUACAGGUUUUGGUUCAUUUGCAUCAACAAUUAUUUCUGAUGAAAAACUUGCUGAUUUACAAACACGAUUAAUUGUUUCACAUUGUGCUGGUGUUGGUGAACCAUUAACAAUUGAACGAGCUCGAAUGAUGUUUGCAUUACGUAUUAAUAUUCUUGCAAAAGGAUAUUCAGGCAUAUCAGAAGAUACAUUACAUAAAAUUAUAACUGCAUUUAAUAAAUCUUGUAUUCCUGAAAUUCCAUCACAAGGCACUGUAGGAGCUUCUGGUGAUUUAGCACCAUUAGCACAUUUAGCUGCUGGUUUAAUGGGUGUUGGACGUAUGUGGUCACCAAAAACAGGUUGGGGCAAUGCAAAUGAUGUUUUAGCACAGAAUGGAUUAGAUUUAAUUGAAUAUAAACCAAAAGAAGGUUUAACAAUGAUCAAUGGAACACAAUUUAUUACAGCACUUGGAGCUGAAGCUGUUGAACGAGCUAUAUUAAUUGCUCGUCAAGCAGAUAUAAUUGCAGCUUUAAGUACAGAAGCAUUACGUGGUACAGUUCGACAUUUACAUCCAAAUCUUCAUGCAUCUCGACCUCAUGUUGGACAAAAUCUUGUUGCAGAAAGAUUACGUGCAUUAUUAUCAUCUCCAUUAUAUCCAUCAGCAAUAUCAGAAAGUCAUGCUAAUUGUGGUCGAGUACAAGAUGCUUAUUCAAUUCGAUGUGUUCCACAAAUUCAUGGUAUAUCAUGGGAUACAAUAAAAUUUGUUAAAAAAAUUAUAACAACUGAAAUGAAUAGUGCAACAGAUAAUCCACUUGUAUUUACAGAAACUGAUGAAGUUGUUUCAGGUGGUAAUUUUCAUGGAGAAUAUCCAGCUAAAGCUUUGGAUUAUUUAGCAAUUGGUGUACAUGAAAUAGGUAGUUUAAGUGCAUGUCGUAUGGAACGACUUGUUAAUCAUGGUAUGAGUGGUUUACCAGCUUUUUUAACACUUGAAGGUGGUUUAAAUUCUGGUUUUAUGAUUGCACAUUGUACAGCUGCAGCACUUGUUUCGGAAGAUAAAGUUUUAUGUCAUCCAUCAUCAGUUGAUAGUAUUUCAACAAGUGCUGGUCAAGAAGAUCAUGUUUCAAUGGGUGGAUGGUCAGCUCGAAAAGCAUUGAAAGUUAUUGAUAAUGUUGAAAUUAUUCUAGCAAUUGAAUUAUUGAUGGCUUGUCAAGCUAUUGAUUUAUUAUAUCCAUUAACAUCUACUCCUCCAUUACAAGCUAUUCAUACUUUAGUACGACAAUCAAUUGCUACUUGGGAUAAAGAUCGAUUUAUGUCUCAUGAUAUUGAAACAGCUACACGUAUUGUUAAAUCUGGUGUUAUUUGGAAAACAGCACAACCUUAUAUUCAAAAUUAUCAUAAUUAUUAUUAUGUAGAACAUCAUGGAGAACCAUUACCAAAAGCUGAAAUAUUGAUGAAAUUGAUAUAUGUUUUUAUUCUUCAAUUAGAAAUAAUAAUGAUUAUGAUGAUUUAUGCGAAAAAUUAUAGUGCAUCUGAAUUAAAUCGAUUACGUAUUACAAAACGUUAUCGAAAUCAUUUAUUAAUAAGAUCAUCAAUGAAAAAUAUUACUCAAACAAUAGUUUCUAUUGGUUUAGGAAUUAUUGAAAUAGAAGGAAUUAAUCCACAUCAACAGGUUAUUACACUUAAUGUUAAUUUUGAAUUAAAAUGGUGUGAUGAUCGUUUACUUUGGAAUACAAGUGAACAAUUAUGUUUAAGUAAACGAAAUCGUUCGGCAAUAUUUUUUACUGCAAAUGAAAUAUGGACACCAGAUAUUGUUGCAAUAAAUGGACCAGGCAAAACAGAAAAAGAAGUUAAAUAUCAAUAUCCUAUUUUAGCUCUAUGUAGUGGUAUUGUUCGAUGGUCAUAUCAAGAUAAACUUGUAUCAUAUUGUGAAAUAAAUGUUCAAAAUUUUCCAUUUGAUAAACAAUAUUGUACAAUACUUCUUCAAUCAACAAUAUAUGAUUCAAAUGAAUUAAAAUUACGUAGUUUAUAUAAAGUAGUACAAUUAUAUAAUUUUAUAAAUACAGAAUGGAAAAUAAUACAUGCAACAAUUGAAGAACUUGAUUUAUAUAAUCCAUAUUAUGAACGUUAUUUUAGUACAAUUAAAAUAAAUAUUGAACUUGUACGUCUUUCACGUUUUUAUGUUGGAAAAAUAAUUUUUCCUUUUUCUAUUAUAUCAUCACUUGGAUUAUUUUCAUUUUGUUUACCAACAGAUAGUAAUGAAAAAAUAACACUUACAGUUAGUGUUUUAUUAUCAUUAACUAUUUAUUUACAACUUAUAUCAGAUUAUGUACCAAAAAAUGAACGUGGACUUUGUACAUUAACAUUAUAUUCAAAUAUAAUAUUUUCAUUAGUUUUUUUAUCUUGUCUAUUUAAUAUAUUAACAAUAUUUAUUUAUUAUUAUGAAGAAUAUUUUUUAAGAAAUAAAAUAUCAAAAAAAACAUUUUUAUUUACUAUACAUCAAUCAUUAAUAGAAUUAAAUAAAAAACGUCAAAUAUUAUUUAAAAAAUGUCGAAAUAAUCAAAAAUAUUUAUCAAAACAUAUUGAUAUUAAUGCACUUGAAAUAUUACAUGAUAUAAAAUAUAUACGUGAAUUAUUAAAAAAUUUACUUAUACGAGAAAAUUUUGUUGAUUAUCGUCAUAAUUUAUUUUAUCCACAACGAUCAAUUAAACAACUUGCUGUAUUUGUUGAUAGAAUUUUAUUUUUUAUUUAUCUUAUUUCAAUGCCAUUAACUUUAAUUAUAUUAUUUAAAGCAAAUAGUCAAUCAAAUAUAUUACCAACAACAAAAAAUCAAUUACUUGAUCUACGUAAAAUAUCUAUUGAUCCAGCACCCGUUUAUCGUGGAUGUCCAACCUAA